AGCCUACGCAUCGACGCAUGCGCUUUAUGCUCAUGUUGACGUCGGCACGUGUGUCGGAUGCGAUCUAGCAUCCAUUACCUACCAAGCAGCAGAGCCGCAACAACUACGCCGGGGAAGGGAGCAGGCCACUAGACUGAGAGACAACGAUGGGUAAGAAAAGUCGCCUCACAGGAGGAGUGAUCGGUCGGAGAACGAUCCUACAGCUUUCACCUCCCGGGCUCCGCAGUGGGAAUGUCGGAGAGAGGGAAGAAGCACCCUCGGGAUCCGAUGAUGAACAGGAGGGCGAUGGACUCAGAUUCGUGAGAGAAAGGCUCACAAACAUGAAGACUCCCGCAGCAAAAGCAACCGAGGGAUUGUCCUUGCUUGGAGCCUAUGAUGACAGUGAUGAAGAAGAUGCUGGAGAAUCUCAGCAUGCAACGACAAAGUCAGCUGACAUUGACAGCACAUUGGCCAAUUUCAUGGCUGAAAUUGAUGCAAUCACCACUCAGCCAAGUUCAGAGGAUGCAGCAUCACACCCUUCGGUCCCAACUAGCACCCCACCCAGACCUGAGGUUAAUACUCAGCAGCCAGCCGCCAAUGAAGAACAAAACCAACAACACACAUUGUUUGAGUACAAUACUGAGUACUCGCUUGCUGGAGUGGGUGUUGAGAUGGGAGACUGGCAGGAGGUGUGGGAUGAGAACUCUGGCUGCUACUACUACUGGAACACUGUAACCAAUGAGGUGUCCUGGGAGCUGCCGCAUUAUCUAGCUGAUCAGGUGCAAAGCCUGGAGCAGAAUGACAAAAGCUCUAAUGCCAAUGGCACAAGGCAUGCAGCUUAUGACACCAAGGAAAAUGCUGCAGCUCUACACUCAGUGAAAGAGACCAAAGUGAAGAAGGAGGUGAUUGAGAGUGUUGUAGGCCUCACAAGUGAAGAGGAGGAGCGCUGUGGAGUCGCUGCAACGCUUCUUGGGCCUCUGAUUCCUUCCGAAGUGAAAGAAGCUGAAGAAAAAUGGAGAAAAAGACUGCUUAAAGGCUCAAGCGAGACUGAGAACAGUCUGGAUUCUGAUGGAGAAGGUGUUCGCCUUGCAGCAUCCCCCUCUAUCCCUCUGCUGGACCCUGACCCAGUACCCACGGUCCAGAAAGAUCUUGGCGCUAAGAAGCAGUCAGGCGACAACUCAGAUGCUGAAGAGGAGACAGAGGAAGACACAAUGGAGCUGGAACUGGCUCUGGAGAGGAAAAAGGCUGAGCUCCGGGCGCUGGAGGAGGGUGAUGUGAGUGCAGCGGGCUCCAGUCCUUGUUCUGAGACGAGCCACGAAGCUUCUGGUUCUCAAGGCCUUACACUUAAGAAAAGCCGGUGGAAGACUGCCUUCCCCUCUGCUUCCAGCCCUGACUCAAAUAGCAGGGGCUCAGAUCUACAGGACCACACAGAGACGACACUUUCUAAAGUCCUAGAGAGUGUUGCGGAAGGAGAAGACAAGGAAACGGACAGUUCCGAGGAGAAAACCGUUACAAAACCGCCGGUGAAAGAAGAGGUGGAAACACCUGAGCUCAAAGUAGAAACACCUGAGCUCAAGUUUCAGAUCGGGCAACUGGCUAACACCUUAACCAGCAAGAUGGAGUUCUUGGGGAUAAACAAAAAGGCGAUCUCUAAUUUUCAGUUUCUUCUGCUACAAACUGAGACUCGGAUUGCGGACUGGAGGGAGGGCGCUCUGAAUGGGGUCUAUCUUCGCCGCAGGCUUCAGGAAGCUGCCGAACACAUAAAAUAUUACGAACUUAACGCCACCCCUAAAGGCUGGUCCUGCCACUGGGACAGAGAGCACAGGCGGUAUUUCUAUGUGAACGUCCGGACCAGUGCCUCCCAAUGGGAUUUCCCAAAAGAGGAGGACGAGGAGGAGGGCCUGAAAAGCAGCCAAGGUGCCCAGACACCGAUUUCCAGUCCAGGGGAUGCCAAAACAUUGUCUGCAACUGCUGGUGGGGUCACAGGAUCAUCUACGUUUACCUUGGCUGCCCCACCACCACCUCCAUCGCCCCUCUGUUCCCCAUCUCAACCUCCUCUUCCUGAAAGCCCACCUCCGUCUUUCCACAACCCCCCGCCUCCACCUCUCCCCCCAGGCUCACCACCUCCACCCCCUCCCCCUCCCGACAGCGAUGAGGAGAUCAUGGAGGUGGAGAUGGAGAUGGACGAUGAUAAUGAUGGGGAGCCCCCAGCCCCUGGAACGGAGGAAGACGGCAGUGGGAGGCCUCCUUUACCUCCAGGCACUGCUAGCACGAAGAUCCUGGAGUCAUCGGGCCCCUUGGGGAAAGGCCAGAAACGUAAAGCCAGUCAGUUGAAUAAAACCAUUACUAUUGGCAGCAGUCCCAUUAUCUACACCCAGCCUGCUAUCACUGCAGCUCCUCUAAUGCCAGCGACACCCUACUGGGGCAUGCCGGCUGUCCCUGCACUUUUGGUGCCUUGUGAACCUCCUGCCCCCCCUAUGCCAGCCUUACCUCCUCAACCCCCACUGCCCCCAUCCCAGCCGCCUGUUGAACCUCCUGGAGCCAAAGCUCUGCCCACAGACAAGACCAAGAAAGCCAAAAAGGAUAAGUCCAAGAAGAGCAAGAUCAAAAUGCCAUCUCUGGUGAUGAAGUGGCAGAGCAUCCAGAAGGAGUUGGAUGAAGAGGAGAAGAGCAGCUCCAGUGACGAGGACAGAGAUCUGCUUAACAAAAAGUGUAUUGAGGACUGGAAGCAACAGCAGCUUGUCACAGGGAAAGCUUCGAAGAAUGCCAACUUUGAGGCCCUUCCUGAUAACUGGCGGGAACGACUGAAGAAACGGAAGAUGGCGAAUAGCACGUAACAUCGGUCACGCUAACUCAGUCAACUUUUUUUUUCUUUUUUUUUUGUUGAAAUUCACUCAAACUAUUAGACCAGUUUAAUUUCUGUUGAAUAAACUAUGGACUUCCUUUACUAUUUUACAUGUUCAUGAUGAAGACAGUUAGAGGCCCUUACAUAACAGGCCAUUCAGCAGAGGGGUUUGAUUGUCCUUUUUGUGUUGUUUUUUGCCACUAUUGUAAAUGUGCCAAAAUUCUUGAGUUCAUCAGAAAUACUUAAGCAUCAUUUUUUUAUAGACCCCUGUAGAUAACCACCAGUUUGUUUGGAGGGAUUGUCUAUUUUAUUGAGCAUUUUUACAUCUGUGUACAUAUAAUGUAUAUUGGGAUAAGCCAUGUUUUGGAAUGGGAAGGAGUGU